GUUUUCUCUUCCUGCGGUCGCGAUCGUGUGUAAAUGUGUCUUUAAUACUCAAGAGGUUCUCAGCAAACCACAGUGACAACACACUCGAGUCGUCGCGCCUGAUACUGAUUUCCACGUAUAUCCGGCUUCAAGUUAUAAAAUCAUUGUGAAUCCACAGAGUCUCUCACACCGGAAGAAACGUUGAACUCUGCUCAUCACCUAAAUCAGUUUUAUUAUUCGCGUGGUUUCCGAUUCAAGACACCGUAAAAAAAAAAACCGCAGAAUAGUCCGACUAUCAUCAUGGCAACACAUUUAUCGUCGUGGACAGCGCUAACCAUUGUAUGUUUCAUAACACUUUGGUUGCAUCUAGUGAAUGCAGUGCGGCCGGAAUUUGACUUUCGUCUUGAAGUGGACGACGCAAGUCGACGAGACCGAUCCCAUUUAAGUGGAAGCGAUGGUGGCGCAAUUGGAACAUCAGUAUUAGUGAUUGAAUGUGUCAACGACGACUCUUGUGAUCGAAACGAGUUCUGUCACGGCGCAGAAGGGCACCGACUUUGUCUGUCUUGUAGACGUAAUCGACGUCGUUGCCAUAGAGAUGAAAUGUGCUGCCCUGGUCACAAAUGUAAUGGGGGGAUGUGUAUCUCGGAACAAUCAGGACGUCGUGCUUCCCGCAUUUCGCAACGCACCAGAGACAACAUGUUCACCGGUCACAUAGGUUCAUCGUGCCGACACGAGAAUGAUUGUAUGGAGGGCCUCUGUUGCGCUCACCACUUUUGGGAACGACGCUGCAAGCGAAUGUUGGAGGUUGAUGACGUAUGUACCAAUGACCCAAAACCACCACGAAUGCCAUCAUUCCAGCGGUGUCCGUGCAGCGACGGCCUAAUGUGUAAAAGGGAUCCCACGGGGGAAACUCAACUGCAUUUGUGCCAACGCAGUAAAAAUUGAAAUAAUAAACACGUGACCUACAUAGCUGGUCGUCCGCUGCUUGCAACAGAUCGUACGAAGUCCAUGUUUUGAAGUUGUCUGUCGCCCUCUAUUAAUAUUUUGUUUUUAUAAUGAAACAAACUCGAGAGGGCUCACUCCUGCAUAAAGUCGACGGAUGUCAUCACGUCAUUCUUCAACAUUUAUAUAUAUAAUCAUGUGAACACUGUACAUGUAUCGGAUUGUUUUGGUUUUAUCAAAAUAUUAAUAAUAUACUUUAUUAAAACAGUGACACAAUGGCAAAAUUGUUGUUUUAUCCACAGUCUCUCUGUGUUUUAUCCUGUGCCAAACGUUCAGUUCUGACUUGACCAUUCAACAAUUUAUUUUCUCAUACUUAUUUAUUUAUUAUACAGGAAGUAUAUUUGAGUAAUCUUUUAAUCCAGGCAGAGAUCCUGUCAUGUAUUGAUGAAACAACAAUGUACAAAUUUGAACUAUGACCUCUUCUGCGGGCUCUACUGUUUUGCUGAAGGCUCUCUGGGUAACUUGGAUUCUAAGUCAGAGGGCGCUCUAAGCGUCAAUGUCUUGUAUUAUAUUGUAUGGCUACAGUACAUAUGCUUGUGAAGCACCGGAAUGAGUGUUUGUCAGAUAUUCGGAAUAUGUAUUUGUGUAAAUAUUUAACAUUUAUUUGUAGAGUAUUAUUCAAUAAAUCGAAAAUGAUUUAAACGAA